AAGUCAUUGGCUUUCCGUCCCUUUGUUGAUGUUGAUGUUGAUGUUGAUGGCUCCGAGAUGAAGUGAAAAAGAGCGGAGUGAAAAACUUUCUCGAGAGCCUCAACCCAUAAUUCAGCACCAGGGGCGUAAACUAAAGGGAAGAUGGAAUCGCACAGAAGCGCACUUGAAGAGUUAGAGACCAUUGAGUAUGAGAUAACACAACGAAUCAGGCGUAAUCCCGAGCUGGUGAAGCUUUCAAGCGAGGUGCUGAAGAACAAGAAGAAGAGACCCUACAAAGAGAUGCUACUACAGCAACAUGAGAUCAAGAGAUUCACCGAGAAUUACAAGAAAAGGUGUAAAUUGGACGAGGACUCGACGUUUCCGCUGAUGUCGCUGGAUGAGUUCGAUGCUCUGUUACAGGUGAUUAAGGAGGAAAGCGCAAAUUCCAUAGUGAAGCCGCUGUCUACGUCAUACAGUAUGGGCAGCUCCAAGGUUACAAUUUUGAGUGAGAUUGGCGGUGAUUUGACCCUCAGAGGGAUGUUCAGCGGAGAGGAGUUCCAAGGUAAGUGCCUUGACCUGGUCCAGUUCCAUGAACAGUGGUUACAACUGUCUACUGACAAGGUUGGGUACGUCCAGUAUCUCCAAAUCUUUGAUAAGUUUGGGAUAACUGACGACUCCGUGACCAAGAACUCAGAGUACUUGAAGUACCUCAUUUCCAUGUUUGACUAUAUGAAAGGGUUCUUGCAGAGAUCCCUGCCAUUGUUUGAGCUGGAGUCAUUCAUCACAGAGGCCACUGAACGCUUCACCACUGAUAACUUAUACUGUGAACCGUGCGGACGAACGUUCACCAAGAAAACAGUGUUCGACUCUCAUCUAACCGGCAAGAAACAUCUCAAGAAUGCUCAGACGAAGAAGCAGUCGAGAGACUUCAAGAUGUACGAGUUUCUCAUUGCAUCCUUAACGACAGGAGUGCUUGCUGAGACUCGUAAGAACACCAUCGACAACACCAUCAGAAGAAUGGCCCUCAGUGAAAGGGAACGGCUCAUUGAAAUCGACCAGCUGGCACAAGAGGAGGAGCUUUCUAGUGGCAACGAUGACGAUGACGAUGACCAAGGAGAGCAAGAGGAACACGGGGAUGGACAGGCACUAUCAUUCAACCCACACAACCUCCCACUGGGAUCAGAUGGCCAUCCCAUCCCAUUCUGGCUCUACAAGCUCUACGGCUUGAAGAUCGAAUACCCAUGCGAAAUAUGUGCCUUCAAGUACAGAGGACGGAAGGCAUUCAACAAGCACUUCACCGAGAUUCGUCAUGCCCAGGGCCUCAAGGCCCAUGGCAUUGAGCCCAAUGAGAUGCUCAAGGGUAUAACCUCCAUCAACGAAGCAGUGACGCUGUGGAACAGCAUAAAGAAACAGCAGAGAGAUGAAGUUGGGCUCAAGGAGAAUGCUAUUGAGGUCGAAGACGAAGAAGGCAACGUCAUGAGUGAAAAGGUCUAUAAUGAUUUGAAGAGACAGGGCCUUGUAUAGUUGGUAAUUUUGGCGCAAUAGAGAUUUCCUAAUUCGUAAGAGUUUUCGCAAAUCAGCGCAGAUCUGAAAAUUUCACAUUUCGC